CCCGUCAGCAGGCGCUGCCAAGGGGGACCCAGCCUCUGCCUCCUCACGGCUAUGGACUGACAGCCGGUGCAUGCUGAGGGGCUGAGGGGCUCUCUCUCCAGAGCUGCAGAGAGUGUGGGUUCCACCAUGCUGGCAUCAGGCGGUGGCCCAGAGCAGAGGAGCAAGCUUGCCCUGCAGUGGAGGCAGGUCUCCUGGAUCACCUGCUGGAUUGCCUUGUGUGCUGUGGAGGUGCUCCCUGCCUGUCCUUUCUCCUGCACAUGUGACAGCCGCAGCUUGGAGGUGGACUGCAGUGGCCUGGGCCUCACCACUGUGCCCCCGGAUGUGCCCGCUGCCACCCAAAGCCUUCUGCUCCUGAACAACAAACUGAGUGCCCUGCCCAGCUGGGCAUUCGCCAACCUGUCCAACCUUCAGCGGCUGGACCUGUCCAACAACUUCCUGGACCAGCUACCUCGGUCCGUUUUCCAGGACCUGGUCAACCUGACAGAGCUCCAAUUGCGGAACAACAGCAUCAGGACCCUGGACAGGGACCUGCUCCAGCACUCCACGCUGCUUCGCCACUUGGAUUUGUCUAUCAAUGGCCUGGCCCAGCUGCCCCCAGGGAUUUUUGACGGGCUCUUGGCUUUGCGAUCCUUGUCCCUUCGCUCCAAUCGUCUGCAGAGCCUGGACAGGCUGACCUUUGAACCCCUGGCAAGCCUGCAGCUGCUUCAGGUUGGGGACAACCCAUGGGAGUGUGACUGUAACCUUCGAGAGUUUAAACACUGGCUGGAGUGGUUCUCCUACAGAGGGGGUCGUCUAGACCAGCUUGCCUGCACCCUACCCAAGGAACUAAGGGGGAAGGACAUGCGUGCGGUACCCAUGGAGAUGUUUAACUACUGUUCCCAGCUAGAGGAUGAGAACAACUCUGCUGGGAUGGAUGCUCCAGGGCCACCCUGCACCAAAGCCAGCCCAGAGCCUGCUAAACCUAAGCCAGGGCCUGAGCCUGAGCCUGAGCCCAGCACUGCCUGCCCUCAAAAGCAGAGGUACCGGCCUGUGAGCGUGCGGCGAGCCAUCGGCACAGUGAUCAUCGCGGGUGUGGUUUGUGGCAUUGUCUGCAUCAUGAUGGUGGUGGCUGCUGCUUACGGCUGCAUCUAUGCCUCCCUCAUGGCCAAGUACCACCGGGAGCUCAAGAAGCGCCAGCCACUGAUGGGGGACCCCGAGGGUGAGCAUGAAGAUCAGAAACAGAUCUCUUCUGUGGCUUGA